AUGCAGGAUCCCGAAAGCCUGCUAACUUCAUUGAAAGAUGAUGUUGUGCUGGUGGCCGGCGUCUUGGAUCUGGAUGAUCUCGAGACUUUGGCUGCGGGAAUGAAGUCGUUCGAAGAGCGCCAGUCAGAAGGAACUUUCGGGGCGAUCGUGCAAUUUUUCAGCAAGCACCGUGUUGGGCUUUGUCUUAUGACAGAAGCACGCAACCGAUUGCAAGCAGCGCAAAGGGAAAGAGAGGCCGAUGCGGCCUUGCAGGCAAUGACCCAGGUCUACACAAACUGGAGUGAAGAGCUCCUGCAACGGGGCAUGUGCGAAAAUGAUUUCCAGAAACUCAAUGAUUGGGUUCAGCAUCGAGCCAAGCUAGACGACAACACGCUUCUGCCCAGACAGCGGCUGAAGAUGGAGAACAUCACAAAGGAGUUCUGGACAACCACUCAGCAGGCGUUGUUGGAGUGUCUUCAGUGUCGCUUUGGCUCCGUCCUGGAGUUCGGCACGUCCAACGCGCCUUCCAAGGUCUUGGAGCUUGCAGAGCCUCGGCCGAAAAGGGUCGCAGACCCCGUUGCAAAAAACAAAGCCAAGGAGGAGGGCAUGGAUUUUCGUGCAAAGUCCCAAGAGUCUCAAGAGAUGCCCAGUGAUGAGACGAGCGGCUUCGAUCUGAACGAAGGACUUUGCACCAUCCGUGCAAAAGACCUCCUAGAACACUCGUUUUGGUGGACUGCAGGGGUGCCGCAAGAUAUCAAAGACCUCCAAGCACGUUACACGGUAGUCGCCGGCGACGUGGCAGGCUUGCUUCGGUUUGUGUUUGACCGCUAUUCAGGUUCAGAGCCGGUGCAGCCAGACGUCCUUACAGAGCCUGAGAACCUGAACAAGUGGUCCAGCUGGCUUCAGCAGGACGAUGCCAUCAUGGCUUUUUGCAUGGACUCAGAUCGCGCAGCGGUGAAGGACUUCCUGCACGUGUUCGCCUCCGAAGCCUCACGUUGUCUCAGGUCGCUGACCUUGUCCGCUUAUUCGCAGCUUGGUAGCCUGGUGACAGCCUGUCUUGCCAAACGCACUCUCGUUCACGGCUUGGUAGAGGCCAAGGUGAAGUUGCCUAGCAAUGGGGACUGGCCACAGCUCGUGCAGGUCUUCGAGAAGGCCCGGCCUGGGCCCAACACUUGUGACUUCUGUGCGGUUUCAUCCUUGUGGAAGCUAGACAAGGAAAGCGUGGAAUACUCUGCGACUACUACGCUGGAGCUGCAGCAGUGCCACAGGGAGCUCACAGAGUUUGUUUCGCUGGCUGAGCAGGUCAAGAGCAGCAACGCAGCUGCAGAUGAAAAACUUGAUGCAACACAGCUGGUGAGUGCCGAAGCUUUCAAGGUCAUGCAGGAUGGUGUGCGGAUGUGUCAAGAACAUUUGGCAAAAAGGCUUAGCGCGCAAGCAACCGACCUUCAGAAGCGUCUGCGCGUCGCGCAGAAGCACCUCGAGAACAUGCCCGACAUCUCCAGGGAGUCCGAUUUUCGGAGCGUGUGCAACACGUCCAACAAGCCAAUGGCAGCCGACGCUAGCAAGUUAGGACAGUGUGCUGCGGAAUUGCGAGCGACCGCGGAGAUGCUUCCGCGGAAGGAUGUCGAGAGUGUCAUUGGAGUCACCAAGUACGAGCUUGUGUUGCGGUUGCUUACGUGUUCGGAGAAUGUGAGCGCGUCUCUGACGUCGUGUGUUACGUUCUUCGCAUGUGUGACCUUGUUUCGUUGCGCAGCUUUGGGUGGAAAAUCAGACGAGGGUAAGAAGGUCGCCAAAUCACUUGAGAAUGUGACUUUCACCUUCCUGAAGACUCAUUUGCCAAAGCUGCCGCAGAAUUCCAUCUUGAUGGAUGAGCCCAUGAAGGACCUGAUUGUUUCCAUGAUCGCUGUCAAACAGUCCAUUGGCAGGAGCAGUGUUGAUGUGGAUGCUUUGUGGUCUGGCGCCGCGCAAGCAAGGAGUAAGCUUGGAGUAUUGGGUUUCUGGCAGGAAGAGCUUGGCUUGCAGGGUGAACGUCAAGACGAAGAAAAGCAAACGCAAGACGAUGCCAAGGAACUGAGCAAUCCAGAAGGCGUAAGUUCGCAGCUGCCCGAACUUGGGGACGAGAAGAAGUCCGAAGCGGUCACGAAAUGCCAGAUAAACGAUGAGUGCCCGGCGCAGGACGAGCACAAGUCGGAUUCUGCAGGCAACGUGCCCGCUGAGCCCCCUGACGCCCCGUGCGAAGAGAUACAAAAGGAAGCCGUGCACGAAGAAGGUGGGAAUGAAAGCAAGCUCCUGAUUGAGGUUCGCGAGGACCGCGACCUGGAAGCAGACCUCGAGGCAAUGAUGCUGGAGUUCGAAGACGAAGAAAAGGCAAAGGACUUCAGCUAA